AUGUCAGUGUCAGAUGCACCAUCGGAGUUGGAGCAGUGGGAUUUGGUGACUCAUGCUUCUUCGGAGCCCCAGAACAAGAAUGACAAGCUAGCCAGCACAGUUUAUCAUGAGAUCAAAGGCCUAAGGGCUCUCCGGCAUGAGUUCUUCACAUGGGUUGCUUCUGAGAUAGGGGAGGACCCAACGGUUGCCUAUGCUGAGAACUUUGGGGACAUUCCGACUGUGCAGCCAGAGAAGGAGGGCGUGGUGGCAGCGGGGUAUGUGAGGUUGUCCUCUUUUUCCUUUGCUGAUGAUGCUGGGCUGACUGGCGCACCGGAAAUGGAGAAAGCACGCCUUCUUCUUGGAUUGAUUUGCGCCUACGGCUUUGAUACUUCGGAUGAAGUGGUGAAAGCUCAAUGGAAAGCUGGUGAUGCCAUUGGUGAAGGGCAGAUCUUGUUCUUGAAAGGCCACUUUGAGUGCAGCAACUUGGCAGCACUGAAGGGUGUCUUGCUGCCAGCCACUUGGUCUGGCAGCAAGAAGGGUGUCUUGCUGCCAGCCUACUGGUUCUACAACUUGCGGGUGGCCGUCAAAGGUCAAAUUCGGACAGCUCCCACUGCUGUGACUUGGGUAAACAGCUUGCUGGAGUUAGCAAAAACUGGAGACAAGGACCUGCAGGGCACUUUGAAUGCUUGGAAUGCGCAGGCACCAAAGUCUGACAGGGUGCUGGGCGCAAAGUUCCUCACUGUGAAGAACCUUUUGGAUCUUCCUACUGAGUGCCGCAAUGCAAUUUUCGCCUACAUCAACAAAUGGGGCUGUCCAUACAGUGAAGAAUUGCUCUCCAGCAAGAAACUACUGCUCAGCUUCAGCUUCAAGACUUUGAAAGUACCCAAGACUUCGCCGUGGGCUGGCCAUUGGUCCAAGGUCACAAAGGAGGCAUUGAAUCUCUGGGUUGAAUGCUUGAAUGCAAAAUGGGACAGAACACAAAGGGCAGGACGAAGGCAGCCAACCAAAUCGGAGGGUGAAAACCUUCUGGAGCAGUGUUACUUGGUUCUUAUUUGCCUGAUUGUUUCAAUGUCGUGA